AAGUUCUGCGUGCCAAACACGCCUUCAGGAAUUUUGAAGGUAAAAAUCUCUUAUAAAUGUUGAAAGGUUAUAACCCCAUCUCCAACCAGAUCCCACCGGCCUUUUUCUGGUUUCCUUGGUUUUUUUUUUUUUUUUCCUCUUCUUUAGCCUUCCAAAUGAUAAGAAAGAUGGUGCUUGGAUUUCUACGUCCAAGGGCAUUUUGGUCAUUAUUCCUCCUUCCCUUCCUUCUCCCAUAUAUCAACUGCAAAGGAAUUGGGUCCCCCGCCUUAAGAAACGAGACGGACCGACUGGCGUUGAUUUCAUUCAAGGAUUUGAUAUCCAACGAUCCUCUCCAGUUCCUCAGCUCAUGGAAUUCUUCCUUCCAUUUCUGCAACUGGAAAGGAGUCACAUGCGGUCGCCGCCAUCCUCAAAGGGUCACCGCCUUAAAUCUUGGGUCCCAUGGAUUGGUGGGGCCCAUAUCACCUCACAUAUCAAACCUCACCUUCCUCAGGACUAUCAACCUCUCAACCAACAGCUUCCAAGGAGAAAUCCCACGUGAAAUCGGCAAGCUCUUCCGGCUUCAAGAUCUCGAUCUGAGCUAUAACGGGCUACAAGGAGAAAUCCCCAACGACCUAUUCAACUGUUCAGAACUCAGAUCCCUCAGUUUAUAUCAAAAUAAGCUCCAAGGGAGAAUUCCCGUCGUUCUCAGCUAUUUGUCAAAGCUUACGAGGUUGAAUCUUGGCCGUAAUAAUCUUAUCGGCAACAUCCCACCAUCACUCGGGAAUCUCUCGUCUCUUGUUUCUCUUUUUCUAUUUCAGAACAGUUUGGAAGGAAGCAUCCCAGAUGAGCUAGGAUGGCUAGUGAAGCUAAAAUCUCUUCAAAUCUCUUUCAAUAAAUUGUCCGGUCUGAUUCCACCAUUGCUUUACAACCUCUCAUCUAUGGAUCAUAUCUCUGUGGCAGUUAACAAACUUCACGGAAACCUUCCACCCAAUUUAGGUCUCACCCUUCCUAAUCUCAAAAUUAUUUUACUUGGAGUUAAUGCCUUUACAGGACCAAUACCAGUUUCAUUAGCCAAUGCAUCAGGACUCAUUGAGAUUGAUUUUUAUUCUAAUUAUUUUAGCGGACCCGUGCCUGAAAAUUUGGGAAGACUACAGGAACUUUCUUUCCUAAAUUUACCAGAAAAUCAGCUUGGAAGUGGAGAAGGAGACGAUGAUUUGGGUUUCAUCACUUCUUUGACAAAUUGUAGCAAUUUGAAAGGAUUAAUACUGAAUGCAAAUCAGCUGAGAGGAAAACUGCCUGCCACCAUCGUCAAUCUCUCUACCCACUUAAUCGAUCUAGAGUUAGCAGAAAACCCUAUAUCUGGAAUUAUCCCGACAGAUAUUAGCAAUCUCGUCAACUUAAAUAGGUUAACUAUAUUUGCGACCUCUUUAAUGGGUACCAUUCCUUUUAGUGUUGGGAAGCUUCAAAAUUUGGAAGGCUUGUUUUUGCAACGGAACAGGCUUUCGGGACCAAUCCCUUCCUCCAUUGGCAACAUCAGUCGCUUGGUUCGACUCCUUUUAUUUGACAAUCGUUUGCAGGGAAAUAUCCCUUCAAGUCUUGGAAAAUGUCGUCAUCUUCAAUUCUUAUCCCUAGGUAAAAAUGAACUUAAUGGUACCAUUCCCAAAGAAAUUUUAAGUAUUCCUUCUCUGGUUAGAGUUAAUCUAAUUGAGAAUUCUUUUGUCGGAUCUCUACUGUUGGAAGAUGGUAACCUGUAUCAACUUCAAUAUUUCAAGGCUGCUCACAACAAAUUGAUGGGUGAAAUUCCUAGUUCGCUGCACAAUAUUCUGAGCCUGGUAGACCUUAAUUUAAGUAAUAACUUGUUUCAAGGAGCCAUUCCUAUGGGUUUGAACAACUCAAAAGAUCUUACAUGGCUAGAUCUUUCUCAUAAUAAUUUGUCCGGGCAUAUUCCAGUAGAUCUGGAGAAACUUCCAGUGUUGGAGCUCUUGGAUUUGUCAUACAAUGAUCUCGAUGGCGAAGUCCCCCAUCAAGGGAUUUUCAAAAAUAUGAGUGCAUUUUCAGUCCUUGGAAACAAGAUGCUUUGUGGAGGUAUCCCACAAUUACAGCUGCCUGCAUGCCCAAAGAAAGCUUCGCAGAAACAUGGAAGGUCGAUUACUCUAAUAGUAAUAUUCUCUGUGGUUGGUGUGGUUAUAGGUUUGAUUCUUUUAUCAUUCCUCUUUGUUACUCUUUGUCGGGCGAGAAGAAAAGCCAGGAAGGAGCCUUUGCCUACGUCUUUCUUGGAGGGCCGGCUUUUAAAUGUUUCUUAUGGGGAUCUCUUUAAAGCAACUGGUGGGUUCUCUUCAGACAAUUUGAUUGGCAUGGGAAGUUAUGGCUCUGUGUACAAAGGAAUUCUAGAUCGCGAUGAAACACUCAUUGCAGUGAAAGUUCUCAAUCUUCAACAACGAGCAGCUUCAAGGAGUUUCCUCGCUGAAUGUGAAGCCUUGAGAAAUAUCCGGCAUCGGAAUCUAGUUAAAAUCAUAACUGCUUGCUCCAGCAUUGAUUUCCAAGGCAAUGAUUUCAAAGCUCUAGUGUUUGAGUACAUGCCUAAUGGGAAUCUAGAGAAGUGGUUGCAUCCAAAUGUACAUGGGCUGCAUGAGUCAAGGAGCUUGAACUUUAUUCAAAGGCUAGAUAUAGCCAUUGACGUCGCCUCUGCAUUGGAGUAUCUUCACCACCAUUGCUCCACACCCAUCGUUCAUCGCGAUCUAAAACCAAGCAAUGUUCUAUUGGACGAUGACAUGUGCGCCCAUGUGGGUGAUUUCGGAUUAGCAAGGUUCCUUUCUAUUGCUGCCAGUAACACCUCUCAAGAUCAAACCAGCUCAACUGGUAUCAAGGGAUCGAUUGGCUAUAUUCCUCCAGAGUAUGGAAUGGGCAGAAAGGCGUCUACACAUGGAGAUGUCUACAGUUACGGUAUUCUUCUUUUGGAGAUGUUCACAGGAAAGAGACCAACUGAUAACAUGUUUAAAGAUGGUCUAAGCCUCCAUCAAUUUGGAGAGAUGGCUUUACCUGAUCAGGUGAUGGAUAUUGUUGACCCACGACUACUCUCAGAAGAAGUUCAAGAUCUAAACAAUGGAGAACAACACCGCAUUGCAAGAAGUAAAAUGCAAGAGUGCUUGGCUUCUGUAGUCAAAAUUGGAGUCGCGUGUUCCAGAGAAUUUUCAAAUGAGCGGAUGGAGAUGAGAGAUAUCGCCGGGAAAAUCCAUGCAAUGAGGGACUUAUAUCUUGGGGUUGGGAUUCACCGAGAUCAGCAAAAUGGGGCACAAUUGUUGGGACAAGGUCCAUCUUAUCUUAGUCAUUAUUAGAAAGUUGUAGCUAGUCAUGAAGAUAGCUAGGUGUGGGUUAAGAUGCUCAUCUUGCUGAGGGAUAAGCGAGAAGUUCGUAUGUAUCCAGUCGUUGUCCCAGCCCCCUAUUGCCCUUGGGAUGAGGUGACAUGGUGUUGGAUUGUGUAAUCGGUUCUUUUAUCUGUUUUGGUCUUUUGGUUUUGGUCAAGUAUUUGCUUUGCUUUUUGGUUAUGUAAUGAAAGGGUUAGACGGUUUGGCACCCCUUCAAGUAUGUAAAUGGUUUGUGUUUCCAUAUAUAUUAAAUUAGGAGUUUUUACCUGAAAA